UAAUUUAGGAACAUCAUGCUACUAACCACAAAAAACACGCCCACCACAACAACCAAUGAAUGGAACAAGUCCCAAGAGCUUGAGAAUAUUUCUGUUAUAACGUUGCUGACAGAGUGCACUUCUCAAAGAACAAUAGAAGCAGCCUUUGGUAGCAUCAGAUUUGACUUGAUAAUUCUCACUACAAGCAACCAUGGGUUUCUUUGGACAAGAAGACGACGAUGAUGUUCCCUUGUCAUCUCGACGAAAGGAUCUACUGCGAGGUGAUUUGGGCCCCAAGAAGAUCUCCCACUUGCAGUUUGGGCUCUUAUCGGCUGACGAAAUGCAGCGGGUGUCGGAAUUCCAAGUUUGUUCUCGAGAACUCUUCACCAUGCCUGCCAGAACUCCCGCUCCCGGCGGUUGCUUGGAUCCUCGAUUAGGGGUAUCCGAUAAGGUCUCUACCUGUGCCACCUGCCAGAAAAAGUUGGUCGAUUGUGCCGGCCACUACGGGUAUAUUCGAUUGGCGUUGCCAGUCUUUCAUAUCGGGUUCCUUCGACACACUUUGUACCUAUUACAGUGCAUUUGCAAGACGUGUUCCAGAGUGCUUCUCACGGAAGCUGAUCGAUCCGCCUUUUUGCGUCGCAUGAGGAGUCCAAGAACCGAUAUACUGGGGAAAAGUGCCACCUUCAAAAAAGUAGUGGACAAGUGCAAAAAGUGCCGAAAUUGUCCUUAUUGUGCCGCCCUCAAUGGGACGGUCAAAAAGAUUACUGGAGCUCCCACUCUCAAAAUUGUGCAUGAACGGUUCAAGGGACGGCAUUCGGAAGAUGAGUUGGAAGAACUGGAGAGCGAGUUGGAGAACGCAAUGCGAUUGAAUAAAGACAUUGAACCCAUCAUUCAUAAAGAAACCAAUCCGCCUUUUGAAGAUUUGCUUCCUACGAGAGUGCUGGAACUCUUUUCAGCUAUUACAGACGAUGAUUGUGAGGUCAUGUGGAUUGAUCCCUUGAUUGGGCGACCCGAGAAUCUCGUUCUGCAAAACUUGCUGGUGCCACCAGUCCCCAUUCGACCUUCGGUGGCUAUGGAUGUCGGUGGUGGAAGCAAUGAAGACGACUUGACUGUAAAGUUGCAAGAGAUUAUUGACAUCAACGUCGCUCUGGAAAUUGCGCUCACCAAGGGACCACACACCCGUACCAUCAUGGAAGAGUGGGACUUUUUGCAAAUGCAAGUAGCGGGAUACAUCAAUGGGGAGCUCCCCGGUGUACAGCGGCCGAUUGGGGCCAAGCCCAUGCGUGGGCUUUGCCAGAGACUCAAAGGAAAGCAAGGUCGCUUUCGAGGGAACUUGUCGGGGAAACGAGUGGAUUUUUCCGCAAGAACCGUGAUUUCUCCUGAUCCGAACCUGUCGGUGGAGCAAGUUGGUGUGCCCAUGCGAGUCGCAAUGAUUAUGACGUAUCCUGAAACGGUGUCACGCUACAAUAUUAAGAAAUUGAAAGAGCGGAUCAAAAACGGUCCCAACGUUCAUCCCGGGGCCAACUUGAUUCGAAUGCAAGAUGGCUUCGCCAAGUCUCUGGCAUUUGGAGACAGAGAUAAGGCGGCAAAGAACCUAAGGUUUGGCGACAUCGUGGAACGGCACAUGGAAGACGGUGAUGCUGUGCUCUUCAAUCGACAACCUUCGCUUCACAGGAAUUCCAUCAUGGCUCACAGAGCCAAGGUCUUGGAAUGGCGGACCUUUCGAUUCAACAUUUGCGUUUGUGCUCCCUACAAUGCUGAUUUUGAUGGGGAUGAAAUGAACAUGCAUUUGCCCCAAACGGAAGAAGCGCGGUCAGAAGCUUUGCUGCUGCUGGGAGUCGUCAACAACCUCACAACGCCGCGAAACGGAGAGCCUCUCGUAGCUGCCAGUCAGGAUUUCUUGUCAGCUUCUUAUCUUCUUACUCAGAAGGACAGGUUCUUUACAAGGCAUCAGUUCUGUCAAAUCGUUUCGUACCUCGGAGAUGCUGACGAGGCAAUCGAUUUCCCAUUUCCCACUAUCAUCAAGCCGAUCGAAUUGUGGACCGGGAAGCAGAUCUUUGGGCAUGUCGUGAGACCGAACAAGGAAUGCAAAGUGCUGGUGAAUUUCGAAUGCAAAGACAAGAAUUAUACAAAGAACAAGCAUUUCUGUCGCAACGAUGGAUGGGUUGCCUUUCGCAACAGUGAGCUUAUCAGUGGUAACAUUGCCAAAAAGACGAUCGGUGAUGGCAGCAAGACAGGUUUGCUUUUCGUAAUGCUUCGUGAGUUUGGUCCAAAGCAGGCAGCUAGGAUCAUGGAUCGUUGGUCCAGACUUUGUAGUCGAUGGAUGGGCGGUCACAGAGGCUUUUCCAUUGGGAUAUCAGAUGUCACUCCAUCAGAAAUCCUUCGAAAGCUGAAGCAUGACAUUCUGAAAGAAGGUUUCAAGAAGGCUGACCACAACAUAGCUCUGUACGAAAAAGGGGCACUUGAAUUGCGUCCAGGCUGCGACUUGCUGCAAUCACUCGAAGAAAUCUUGAAUGGACUGCUUGGCCGACUAAGAGAAUCUGCUGGUCAGGAGGCCAUGAAGGCAUUACCCUGGUCGAACACGCCCCGUAUCAUGGCAGACUGCGGUUCGAAAGGUAGUCCGCUGAACAUCUCACAGAUGGCUGCCUGUGUUGGACAGCAGGCCGUCGGCGGAAUGCGUAUCGCGAAUGGCUUCGCGAAUCGAACGCUCCCGCAAUUCGAAGUUCACAGUCUAUCCCCCUCCGCGAAGGGCUUCGUGGCCAACUCUUUCUUCACUGGAUUGUCAGCUACUGAAUUCUUCUUCCACGCCAUGGGUGGACGGGAAGGUUUGGUCGAUACCGCCGUCAAAACGGCUGAAACUGGAUACAUGGCCCGUCGUCUUAUGAAGGCUCUGGAGGAUUUAUCUAUGCAAUACGAUUCUUCCGUUCGAAAUAGUGAAAACACCGUGGUACAAUUCACGUAUGGCGAUGACGGUCUGAACCCAGACAAGAUGGAGAAUAACGAUAGACCUGUCGACUUUGAUCGCCUCCGUAUGCAAAUCCGAGAAACGUCGCCGUGCAGAGACGAGAAGGCAUUAAUGGGUCAAGAUCUCAUUGGUGUGGUUGAGGAGAGGUUGCUGAAGAAAGACUUCCAGCAGCUGUUGCCAACAGGAAAGGUGUUUCUUCAAGAGGUUCGAGACUUCUUCGCUGGGAUUGUGGACAAGCAACAUCAGCUAAUAGGACCAGACAGCAAAAUCAAGCCUGAAUUCUAUGACAAAGCCUUCUGGAACGACUGCCGCAUAACAAAGACCCAAGCUGAGCUUAUACUGCAGGCGGCGGUGGAGAAGUGCACUAAGGCUUUUGUGGAGCCAGGAGACGCCGUGGGCGCAAUCGGGGCUCAGAGUAUUUCAGAACCAGGCACUCAGAUGACCCUUAAAACCUUUCACUUCUCCGGGAUCAGUUCGAUGAAUGUAACUCUUGGUGUUCCCCGCUUGAAAGAAAUCAUCAACGGCGCGAAGAAAAUUUCGACCCCAAUCAUUACUGCCAAGUUGGAACAAGACAACAACAAGGUAGCAGCACGAGUCGUGAAGGCCGGAAUCGAGAAGACGACUCUCGGCGAGGUGUCCAAGUACAUGAAAGAGGUCUAUUCACCAAACUGCUGCUAUGUGAGUAUUGAGUUAGACAUGGUGGCGAUUGAGCAACUGAAGCUGAACGUCGAUGCCAGCACAGUGCGGACUGCCAUCCUCAAGGGGGCACGGGGGGUCACCAAGCAGCCCGUUCUGCGGUGCCUGAAAGAGGAUCAAGUGCUCAUCAAAAAGGGCUCCAAUUCAAAGCUACGCGUAAUGGUGCCGGACGUUAAAAUGGGCAAAACGACUUCGUUAACAUACUUUGCAAUGCAAAUGCUCAAAACUGCACUCCCGGGCGUGAUUGUUCAAGGAAUCCCCACAGUCGGUCGUGCUGUCAUCAACGAGACUGAUAAAGAUGGCAAGUCCACCUACAAUCUACUUGUAGAAGGAUACGGACUUCAAGAUGUAAUGGGUUCUCCUGGAAUAGACGGAAGGCACACGUGUACCAACCAUGUCUUGGAAGUGGAGGAGGUCUUGGGCGUGGAAGCUGCCCGUACGCAAAUUUCUUCCGAGAUCUCUUACAUUAUGUCUGCGUACGGAAUCGGAAUCGAUUCCCGCCACUUGCUGCUCCUGUCGGAUGUCAUGACGUUCAAGGGAGAGGUGCUUGGUAUCACUCGUUUUGGAGUAUCCAAAAUGAGAGAGUCUGUAUUGAUGUUGGCGUCUUUCGAAAAGACCACAGACCACUUGUUCGAUGCAGCAGUUCGAGCUCGAACAGACCGAGUGGAAGGCGUCAGUGAAUGCAUCAUCAUGGGUAUGCCAGUUCCCAUUGGAUCUGGGCUACCCACUUUGUUUUGGAAGAAGCAAACAUAACACAUGUAACCAAUGCAAAGCGGUCUCGGUAUGCUGUUUCUCGUUGAUGUGGUGGAGGAGUGGAUACGAACGGAAGCCGCUGAGUUUUGAACUCCAGCCAACGAUGGCUUCUGGCUGUCAAUGUCGCCAUCGCCUUUAGUCGACUGGGGUGAAGCGACGGAAACUUCGAGGCCUUGGGAGACAGCUAUGCUACCGUAGCUAUUGGUGUUCCUUGCGCGGCAUCUGCUGGCUUUGAUGGGUGCAAUUACCGGUAUCUUUCAGUGUGCGCAGCACCUAGUAGCUGCGAUGGAUGCGAUUGUCUUUUCAUGUGCAAGUCAACAUGUACUACCGGUAGUUUUGUUCAAAGGUAUUCAGAGGAUGCUACUAGUAUUGGUUGAUCUAUGCUUUGUUCGCUCCAUGAUGGAUCAACCAGAAUUUUGGGAUCUCGUUCCUUGCUAUUCUAAAUAGCUUGCUUUAAUUUUUCAAAUGUGUCGCUUUCUCCUCAUCCGUGGCCCUGAAUCAUUUGCGAGCAGAGCAAGUCAGGGUGGAGACACUAUCGUCUUGUGUUCAGCCUAGCUAGACCACUAGUAGUAGUAGAGUUUGUGGGGGCAAUGAUUAGUACCUCAAUGACGAGAAGCAACUGCACCGGUACAGUGAUCCCACUGGGAGGCUGCUGACGGAAAAUUGGUUGGAUCUUUUCCAAUCUUUGACACUUCCGUGGCUUGACAGUGUUGACACAGUUCGUCCCUGGGUUACUCGGCAUUUUGUCUGUUUGGGAAAGUGUUUUGGCGAUUAAGGUGGUCGCCCACAAAUCUUAAGCCAGCGCGAAACUGUUGAAAUAUUUUUAAUUAUUUAUUUAUUUUACACGAGCUAUCGAGUGAAACUCGAUGAUCAAUUGCUGCUGCUAAAGGUGUGCUGGAAUCGCUGUUGCGCCCAUGGAUCCGACUAUUGUGCAUACAGGAGAGCUUGCUAAUAGUGUUGGCAAGGGAUAGGAGGCGAGCUUUGCCGUAUAUUGGAUCGCCCUGUUAACUUUCUAUGGGAGUGCAGCAGCGAGCGACGAAAUGUUCGAUCGCUGUUUGAAGCCGUUAGAUCUCGAUGACUGCUGCAAGGAUGGGCAUAAGACCAGGGCCUACUCUCUUCCUUAUAG